AUGGCCAGCCAAGAUCCUCGAGCCAAAGGAGCAGAGGACCUACAGUUUGAGAAAUGCCUUGGACGCGGAUACUUCGGAGAGGUCUGGCAAGCGCAGACCAAGAGCGACCACAAAGCCGUCGCGGUAAAGAAGGUCCGUUUGCAGCUGAUUCUCGAGAACCAGCUCCUUGACCAGCUGAAGCGUGAGGUCAACAUUCUGUACUCUUUGCAGCAUCCGCGGAUCGUGAGGUUGUACUUCCACUUUGAGGACAAGUACUUCGUGUACUUGGGCAUGGAGUUCUGCAUCGGUGGGAGCUUGUUCGACAAGCUUCAAAAAGCGGAGAAGUUCACUGGCCAGCGUGCUGCAACUUACUUCCUGCAGACGUGUGAGGCACUGGACUACUUGCACCACCUGCCGGACAAGGUGAUACAUCGGGACAUCAAGCCUGAGAACAUUCUGCUGGAUGCAAAUGACUCCGCCAAGCUAGCUGAUUUCGGUUGGGCAAAUCUCCUGGAGCAGGACAAGCGAAGCACUUUCUGUGGCACACUGGACUAUCUUGCUCCCGAGAUGAUUCGAGGGACUGGCCAUGACGAAAGUGUGGACAUGUGGACGAUGGGAGUUUUGCUUUAUGAGAUGCUAACGGGACAGUCCCCUUUCGGAUCGCAAAGCAAGGAGACGACCUGCAAACGAAUCGUUCAUGUGGAUCUUCUGUUCCCGUCCGACAUGGAUCAAAGUGGCCAGAUACUGAGAGUUCUUCCAGAUCCAGGCAUCAGCCAGACAAGCUCGCUUGCGACAUUCGGACAGAUUCGACGAGCGGGAUUCUACGACAAGGAAAUUAUGAUUCCAAUGCAGUACUGCUAA